UUUGAUAAAAAAUAAAUGCCAAUUUCAAAUGAAACAAUUCAGUUGAGGUUUUCGUGUCUACCAUUCAAUAAGUUCGAGUUGCUUACAAAAUUAUAAGAAUAAUAUACCUUCUCAAUAUUGCUUCCAAAUAAAUUAUUAUUUUCUGAAUAUACAAACGAAAAAAGUAAUAAUAUAACGGUAUAAUAAUUAUGUCGAACGAUCCGAUUGAAUUUCUGGAUAGCGUCUUGCAAGCCGAAGAGCUUCGAUGGCGCAUGGAGGAGUACGGUCAUGAUAAAACGAAAUACUCGAUUUCAAGAUCCGGUAGAUACAAAUCUUUAAAUAAAAAACGUGAUGCCUUGAAACCGGAACUUUAUAAAGGCACCGAUCUGGAUAAGAAAACAAAAGACAAUAGCUCACCGUACCAAACACAAACCCAACAGACAUCCCAACCGCAGCAGCAGUCAAGAGGCCGUGAAAGAGAACCCAAAUAUACCAAAUUUUAUGAGACCAAUCUGUAACAUUAAUCAGUUUUUGCUGUUUCAUACUCAAUAAUCAACUUUCUAUUGAUCUUAUA